AUGAUGUUCCGAGACCAGGUUGGCAUCCUUGCUGGCUGGUUCAAGGGCUGGAAUGAGUGUGAGCAGACAGUGGCCUUGCUGUCACUGUUGAAGCGAGUCACCCGGACCCAGGCCCGAUUUCUGCAGCUUUGCCUGGAACACUCCUUGGCAGACUGUAAUGAUAUCCACCUUCUGGAGUCAGAGGCCAACAGUGCUGCCAUCAUUAACCAAUGGCAGCAAGAGUCCAAAGAGAAGGUCGUCUCCCUCUUAUUGUCCCAUCUACCCCUGCUCCAGCCUGGCAACACAGAGGCCAAGUCUGAGUAUAUGAAGCUGCUGCAGAAGGUGCUGGCCUACUCUAUAGAGAACAACGCCUUCAUUGAGGAGAGUCGGCAAUUGCUCUCCUAUGCCCUCAUUCACCCGGCCACCACAUUGGAGGACCGAAACUCACUAGCCCUCUGGCUCAGCCACCUAGAGGAACGGCUGGCUGGUGGCUUCCGGACCCGAGCUGAGACUGCCUACCACUCCCGCCAGGGCUCAGAUGAAUGGGGUGGCCCUGGGGAGGCUGGCCCUGGGGAGCUAGGGCCAGGCUGGCAGGACAAGCCGCCACGAGAAAAUGGACAUGUGCCCUUCCACCCUUCUGGUGCAGUGCCAUCCACCAUCAACAGUAUUGGGAGCAACGCUAAUGCAGGCCUCCCCUGCCAAAUGCACCCAAGCCCGCUGAAGCGUUCCAUGUCGCUCAUCCCCACGAGCCCGCAGGGCCCUGGUGAAUGGCUGAACCCAGAGGAAAUGGGGGCAAGAGCAGCCUUUGCCCCACCCGACCACGCGCCCCUCUCACCCCAGAGCAGUGUGGCUUCCUCAGGCAGUGAGCAGACGGAGGAGCAGGGCUCCAGCCGGAACACUUUCCAGGAGGAUGGCAGUGGCAUGAAAGAUGUGCCAUUAUGGCUUAAGAGUCUUCGCUUACACAAAUACGCAGCCCUCUUCUCCCAGAUGAGCUAUGAGGAGAUGAUGACCCUGACUGAACAGCAUCUGGAAUCUCAGAACGUGACCAAAGGUGCCCGUCACAAGAUCGCCCUGAGCAUCCAGAAGCUUCGUGAGAGGCAGAGUGUCCUCAAGUCCCUGGAGAAGGAUGUGCUGGAAGGUGGGAACCUGAGGAAUGCUUUACAGGAGCUCCAGCAGAUCAUUGUCACACCCAUUAAGGCCUACAGCAUCCUUCAGGCAGCUGUGGUGGCUGCAGCCAAGGAGGGGGGCAGGGGGGAGCCGCCGCUGAGCGCCGAGCCCCCCCCAGCUCGCCCAGGCCCUGAGAAGGUCCCUGAGGCCAAGGAUGCCCCAGCAGAAAGCUAUCCCCCCCAGCCGGCCCCUGCCCCCAGUGAUGGUAGUGAGCCAGCCACAGCCCCUGUCGCCGAUGGAGACCUCCCUAGCCAGUUUACCCGUGUGAUGGGCAAAGUGUGCACCCAGCUGCUGGUGUCCCGGCCAGAUGAGGAAAACAUUACUAGUUACCUCCAGCUCAUCGAAAAGUGCCUGACACAUGAGGCUUUUACCGAGACACAGAAGAAGCGCCUGCUGUCCUGGAAACAGCAGGUCCUGAAGCUGCUCCGAACGUUUCCCCGAAAAGCUGCCCUAGAAAUGCAGAGCUACCGGCAGCAGCAGAAGGGCUGGGCUUUUGGCUCCAACUCUCUCCCCAUAGCUGGUUCUGUGGGGAUGGGAGUGACCCGGCGGGCCCAGAGGCAGUUCCAGAUGCCUCCUCGGGCUCUGCCACCUAGCCGAAUGGGCAUCCUGAGCCCUGCAGGCAUUGGAGGCGUUUCACCUCGGCAUGCCCUCACCAGCCCUAGUCUUGGGGGGCAAGGACGACAGAAUCUGUGGUUCGCCAAUCCUGGAGGCAGUAACAGCAUGCCCAGCCAGAGCCGGAGCUCCGUGCAGCGCACUCACUCCCUCCCUGUGCAUUCCUCCCCCCAGGCUCUCCUCAUGUUCCCGCCAGAUUGCCAGGUCCCGGGCCCAGACCUGGAGAUCAACCCUACGCUGGAGUCUCUAUGCCUCAGCAUGACGGAGCACGCCUUGGGUGAUGGGACAGACAAAACUUCCACAAUCUGAUGUGACUGAGAGCCCAGCGGAUGUGUCGUCCCCCUGGGGUGGGGAGAGGGGCCACCCCAUCCCCUCAGUGACAAGAGGGGGGGGGUGUUGGCUCAGUUAUAUGUUCUAAUAUUUUUCUACUUUAUUAUCCCUUUAA